AAGCCGCACAUGCAGAUGGAGACACUCGCACGAUUCGAGAAGGACGUGAAGCGAACUGACACCGGGUUUCUGGCGAUAGCGACGGAGGUGGAAAACGACAGGGAAAAAACCUCGGAACCUCCACAAAAUAUCAAAGAAUUAUUGAAGGAAUUCCAAGACAUUCUUUCCUACGAUCUUCCGAACAAGCUACCACCAUACCGAAUGCAUCAACACGAGAUUGUGGAGGAGCCGAGUUCGAAGCCGACCUUCCGAGCACCAUAUCGGCUCAGCCCCACUCAGCUAGCCGAUAUGAAAAAACAGAUCGAGUAUCUCCUCGCCAAAGGACUCAUCCGACCUUCCACUUCACCAUACGGUGCCCCAGUGCUCUUCACACCGAAACCGUACGGGAGCCUGCGCAUGUGCAUCGAUUACCGAGCUCUUAAUAAGCAGACCAUCACGAAUAAAUAUCCGAUACCACGAAUCGAUGACCUGCUUGACCAGCUUCGAGGAGCUACGGUAUUUUCCAAAUUGGAUCUGAGGUCCGGAUACUGGCAGAUACGAACGGCGGACAACUCCAUCCACAAAGCUGCCUUCCAAACUCGGUACGGAUCGUAUGAGUAUUUGGUAAUGCCAUUCGGACUCACCAACGCACCGGCAAUGUUCCAAGCCGGAAUGAACCACAUUCUAUGCCCACUCUUGGACGAGUGCGUGGUGGUGUACCUGGACGCCAUUCUCAUCUACUCGCGCGACAUGAAGCAGCACGUCGAACACCUGCGACGCAAAGUCCAAUUUCUAGGACACAUGGUGAGCGCUCAGGGAGUUCACGUCGACCCCAAGAAAAUCGAAGCCGUACGCACGUGGAAGACACCUGAAAACGUGAAGGAGUUGCAGCAGUUCCUAGGCUUCGCUACCUAUUACAACAGGUUCGUGCCACAGUACGCGAAAAUCGCAACACCACGCACGAAUCUGCUGAAGAAGAACACGCCUUAUAAAUGGGAGCCAAAGCACCAGGAAGCCAUGGAGCAGCUGAAACAAGCACUCAGGUCCGCACCCGUACUCAUCUUGCCAGAUCCCGAAUGCGACUACGUCAUCGAAGCUGUCGCCAGCGACCAAGCAGUGGGAGGAGUCUUGAUGCAAGACCAGGAGAAUGGACUGCAACCAAUCGCCUACCUCAGCAAGAAACUACACGGGGCAGAACUAAACUACCCAAUACACGACAAAGAGGCCCUUGCUAUCAUCAUCGCCUUCAAAACGUGGAGAUGUUAUCUCGAAGGACGAACAACAACCGUCUACACCGACCACUGCAACGUGAAAUAUUUGAAGACACAACCAACCCUCUCUAGGCGGCAGGUCCGGUGGAUUGACUUCCUCGAGACACACUUCCACUAUGGCAUCGUGUACAAGCCCGGCCACAAAUACAAAGUAGACGCCCUUAGCCGGCCGGCACAUGUUUGUGAUUCUCACACCACCCCUCCUUCCACUACUCAAUGGACUCUUCACACACCGUGAACAGGCCAGACACCGGGUCCCGGG